CUUAUAUGUAAUUCUGAUAGGAUUAAUUAUUAUGCGGAUCACCAAUACACAAACAUGAUUGGUGGAAAUAACAUGCAAAUGAUCUUCAUUCAAACUAAAUGACCUUUGCUCAUCAGAUCUGGUUUUUGAUUGGUGGAUUUCGAUCCUAUUCAAUUCAAGCUCUCGGUAUAAAACCCUUGAGCAAACUUUUCUGUCAUUCUAUUUUGAACUAUCAUUCAAAAGAUAACUGCAAGUCAAAAUGUCUGGCCGUGGAAAAGGUAAAGCUAAGGGCACCAAGUCCAAGACUCGAUCAUCCCGUGCAGGGCUUCAGUUCCCAGUCGGUCGUAUCCAUCGUCAUCUCCGCAAAGGCAACUACGCUGCGAGAGUUGGUGCUGGUGCUCCAGUCUACUUGGCUGCUGUUCUCGAGUAUUUGAGCGCCGAAAUUCUCGAGUUGGCCGGCAACGCUGCCCGUGACAACAAGAAGACCAGAAUCAUCCCCCGUCACUUGCAGUUGGCUGUCAGAAAUGACGAGGAGUUGAACAAACUUCUUGGUGGUGUCACCAUUGCUCAAGGUGGUGUUCUUCCMAACAUCCARGCCGUCCUUUUACCUAAGAAGGCUGAGAAGAAAUCAUCUUAAGCAGUUUACUGCUAAACAAAACAACGGCUCUUUUAGGAGCCACCACAUGAAUCGAAAGAUCAUGACCAAAUGCUUUGAUUGAUGUAAUAAUACAUAAGCUGCGCAGCUAGCAUUUCUCUCUUUCUCUUCCUUAGCAUACUACAAAUAAAGCCGGGUUAAUACUAUAUUUUGCUCCUGAUAUCGCUUAAACUAGUUUUAAAUGAAGACGCAAAUAGACUGGAAAGCUCACCUACUUUUUUACUGUGU